AUGACAAAGAUCAACACCCAGGAUAAAUAUGUUUUCGGGAGGAGCCAAAAGGAAUCAAAGCGUAUCUGGCUGAAGGAUGUCUCCCAAAUCUUCGAGAAAGCGCACCUUCAGUGUUACUGUCAUGGAUUUGACAUCUCAGCGGAACAAUUCCCUAAAAAGCCAGGAAACAUCGAAUUUUCUGUGCAAGAUAUAACAUUGCCGUUCCCAAAAGAACAUUGGAACAGGUACGACAUAGUUCAUGUGAGACUACUAGUUGCUGCUCUCGACGAAUCCGAGUAUAGAACUGCGAUCUCGAAUCUUUCUGCCAUUUUGAAACCCGGUGGCUUCCUUCAAUGGGAGGAAAUCGACGAGGAAACAUACAUAUCAGCCGACAACCCAGUCAUUCGGGAGAUGCACCGGUGUUUCGAUUUUUCACUGAGAGCUGAGCGCAAAUGUUUCGCAGCAUCAGCUAAGGUCUACAAGGAGUGUAUCGCGGCCAGUUUCUUGGAUGUUGUACGGCUAGAAUAUCGCUCGGACUCGAAUAGUGAUAUCCGCCUCGAUACAGAACAAAGGCUCGCGGCAAUUAUUGAAACGCUGUAUGCGAGUCUUUUGUUGCGGUCUGGGCAAGUUGCUGACGAGGCGGAGGCAUCGAAAUGGGCUGCAGAGUUGAUCGAGCAGCAUUGGCGUCUUUGUGAGGACGGAAAAUCCCCACCCUUGAAAGUGAUGAGAGUAGUUGCCCAGAAGCCACUGAAUGGUUCGUCCCUAUGA